AGCAGCCAACAUGGCGACUUCCACGGGACAAAACGGAAAAGCUGUUUCUACUUCAGAUGUGGAUCUGUUACUGCACCCUGAACUGUUGUCUCAAGACUUUAUGCAGCUAAUUUUAAGUGAGAAAAAUGUCAGUGCCAGAGACUGUGGGAGCAGGGACCGGCUCACAGAGCUGUACCUCCAGCAUGUCAUCCCGCUGCCGCAGAGGACGUUACCCAACAGCCGCUGGGGGAGGAAGAUGGAGAAGAGCCGAGGGAGGCGGACAGCUGACGGUCACGGCUCAGACAGCUCCAGCAACGACCACAAUAGGAAAAGGCCUCUGAUCGUCUUUGAUGGGACGUCUUCUUACUCCGGGCCCCUAAAAGUGAAGAAACCAGAGGGAACCACAGCAUCAGCAGGAAUCACUGACAGAUUAAAACCUCCUCCUGCUGCGAAUCUUUCCAACCCCAUCCGAAAACUGUCAGGCAACACUACUUCUUCCUCCUCCUCGUCUGGUCAUCGUAGCACAGACACGACAAACCUCAAACGAGAAGCAAACACCUCGGAUGAACUGAAGUCUCCAGAAGUGAAGAAAAAGAUCCAGCAUGUAACGUGGCCCUGACCUCUGACCCCUGUUCAUGCAGACCUGAUGGGAGCUCAGGCUCUGAUGGACAGUUCACUCCCCUUCCUAUCCCUGACCUUUUGGUGUCUUCUACCUUAGCUGUCUUUGUCACCGUUUUCCCAGUAAUUGAUUCGCAGAAAGAGGUGGAAGACUUUUUUUUUAGUUGUGUCUCAAGGCCUCCUCGCUCCUCUGGUUCAGUUCUGAGAACAGACACUAUGGGGAUGAUGCUCAGGAGAUCAUCCCGCUUUUAAAGUCAUGAGCUUCCCUGUUGCUCUCCACAACCUGAAGUGCCCUUACCAUCAACGAUCAGCAGCUCACAUCGACACAUGGCGACCUUCUAGAGGACAAAACGCUCGAGGCGACGUUUAUAGAAUCGUGGCUGUUUAUAUUGUGUUUCUGUGCAUGAGUUGGUUUCGGUAAAAAGGCCUCAGUUGAGUUGUGUUUUUUGAAACAGAUGCUAAGGAAUCUCAUACUGUGGUGGUGAUGGACACACCCAAGGCAGUGAGACAGUUCUGUGUUUCUGGUGUUUUGUGAAAGAAUAAAAAAACACAAAAUAUGCUGACCCUGAGAUUUUAGAAGUAGCGUGUACUCUAAAGUUUUUGAACCUGGUAAUUGGUGAAUAUUCAUACUUUGUGUUUUCCAUUCCACAGAUGUCUUGCUAUUUCAUAAGUUGUUCAGGGUUUUUAAAUAUAUGUCUGGUCUGAUAUUGCUCACAUGUUGCAUAACAUGGUAAUAAAUAUAUACAGCCUAAUCAUAUUCCAUUCAUGGUUUGCCAUUUUGUCACAAAGGAAGUGGAUAACUUACAUUUAUGUAUUUGAAUAUCACCUUUUAUUAUUUCUGAUUAAUGAAAGGAAAAUGAACUACACUAGAAUUGUCUUUUUGAAAUAUAUUUAUUGCUGUGGAUAAUUUGCAGUUAGUGUCUUUGAUAUAGACAUACUCAUCAAAAACACACAGGAAGAAGCAUUUUGAAUCAGUAUCAUGUUUGUACCAACAGUCUUUUAUAAAAUAAACUCUCAGUACACUGAA